AUGGACACACAAAGCGCAAGCGUUGCGGACGCCAGGGUCGACCAGCUAUGGCAGACGCUUGACACGCGCAAACAGGGCCAGCUUGACCUCCCCGCUCUGAAGAAGGGGCUGCGGAAACUGGACCACCCCCUUAAGAACGCGGACCAUCUCCUGGACGAGGUGAUGAAGGCUGUAGACACAGACGGCGACGGCAAGAUUACCUACGGUGAAUUUCGCACCUUCGUCCACGAAACCGAGAAAGAGCUUCUCUCCCUGUUUCGAAGCAUCGAUAAGGACCGCGACGGUAGACUCUCGAGGGACGAGCUGCGUAUGGCUCUGAGUCGCGCUGGCCUCGCGGUUCCUAACAGAAGUCUCGACCACUUCUUUAAAGAGGUGGACACGAAUAAUGACGGCACUAUCAGUUUUGAAGAAUGGCGGGACUUUCUUCUCUUUAUCCCCGCCAACACGCCCAAUCUGGAGGCGGUCAUGUCCUAUUUUUCAGCAACCAUGAAACUCAACUCUGAGGGUGACGUUCUCAUCAGCGAUGACACCAUGCAAGGCCUAGGUACUACAGAGCGCUUUCUUGAUAUGUUAUUUGGUUCCCUUCUCCUCGUAGCGCGGACACCGCCCUAUUCUCCUGCCCCGUCAGAUUACAUGGCACCGCUAGAAAUGGCUUCGCCCUCUAAUUCGACAUUUGCCGUUCCGCAAACCCUCCCGCCACGCCUCGAUGAAGAGGAGUGUAUUGCUCCCGUCGUUGAGGCACCUAAAGGGAUUCUAGAGGACUUCGGAAACAUGCUGAUUGCUUGUGUUCCCAAUCCAGGCUAUUUUGUGGCGGGAGGUAUUGCAGGAAUUGUUUCUCGCACCUCGACUGCACCCCUCGAUCGUUUAAAAGUCUACCUUAUUGCCCAAACCGACGUAACGAAAGAAGCCGUCGUUGCUGCGAAGCAUGGCAAUAUCGUAAAAGCCGUGCUCAACGCAUGGAGACCGCUUGCGACUGCUAUGAAGGAAUUGUGGCAGGCCGGCGGCAUGCGUAGUCUGUACGCUGGCAAUGGAUUGAACGUCAUUAAAGUCAUGCCUGAGUCAGCCAUCAAAUUCGGCUCUUACGAGGCUGCAAAACGCGUUUUUGCCAAGAUUGAGGGCCACAACGAUCCAGCAACGAUCCAUUCGUGGUCCAAGUUUGUGGCUGGUGGUCUUGCAGGAAUGGUCUCACAAUUCGCCGUCUACCCUAUUGAUACCUUGAAAUUUCGGAUGCAAUGCGAGACAGUCUCCGGAGGCCUACACGGCAAUCGGUUAAUCUGGGCGACUGCGAAGAAGAUGUGGGCAACUGGUGGUGUCUCAGCCUACUACCGAGGACUACCCAUGGGCAUUUUUGGCAUCUUCCCAUACGCAGCACUUGACCUGGGAACGUUUGAAUACCUAAAGCGUUACGUCGCCCGGCGAAAUGCAAAGCGACUGGGAUGCCACGAAGAGGACGCACAGCCUGGUGGCUUCAUGACCGCAGCCAUCGGUGGCUUCUCCGGCGCAUUUGGAGCGAGUGCAGUAUACCCACUCAACGUGCUGCGAACGCGAUUACAAAGCCAGGGUACUGUCCUGCACCCGAGGACCUACACGGGCAUCAUGGACGUCACUCGCCAAACGAUUGCCGGUGAAGGUAUGAGGGGUCUCUUCCGCGGUCUGACGCCUAAUCUGCUCAAGGUGGUUCCUGCCGUGUCCAUUACCUAUGUCGUCUAUGACAAGUCGAAACAAGUCAUUGGCUUACGAUGA